AUGUAUCUGUCGAUUCAACUUCCCAAAUUCAAACCGCUAGUUCAGAAAACUCUGUUAUUUCCAGUUGUUCCGGUUACUGUUACCAAGACUAGUGUGUUUACAGCAUCUGGUAGUACUAUCACAUCUUUUAUUACAUCCACUAUUGUUCCAAACAAUAAUAAUGAGAACGGAUCAGGUUCUCCAGGCAAUGCUAGUGAAUAUGUUGAGACUAUUUCUUCUGGUUCUGUUUAUACCACUGUUACCAAGAGCGCCAGUGGCAACUCUGGUAAUUCCAACAAUGUUGUUACUAAGACCACAUCAGGUGGAAAAGUUAUUACCACCACCAUUCAAUCAGAAACUGUUUCUAGCACAGCCGGUAUUGAAGUUCAAAGUAUUCAAUCUCAACCAGCAUCUAGUGAAUUAAUUUCUAUUUCCACUGCAGGUGCUGUUUUGAACCAAUAA